AUCCCAUAAUAAAAACCCAUCACCCUUAUCCACUCGCCCAGUACGCACUAGAAAACCCAACUCUAGAUAUAUUGGGGGUGCGUUUCUUAAUGCUACCUCGACCCAUCCACUUCCCAGUACUUUGGAGCCCACCAGUGUGACUAACGCCCUGCACGACCCUCGUUGGAAGGCUGCCAUGGAUGCUGAAUUUGAUGCACUCAAACGCAACAAAACCUGGGAUUUGGUUCAACGAACAGGGCAGUCCCCUAUCUCUUGUAAGUGGCUGUUCAAAGUAAAAAGGAACGCUGAUGGCAGUAUAGCACGAUAUAAAGCUCGCCUUGUGGCUCGUGGGUAUCUCCAACAACAUGGGCGUGAUUAUACUGAAACUUUCAGUCCGGUCACAAAACCGGCAACCAUUCGUAUCAUACUAACCAUUGCCUUAUCAAGACAGUGGCAGCUUCGGCAACUUGACGUAAAUAAUGCGUUUUUGCACGGUUCAUUGAAUGAGGAGGUGUUCAUGACUCAGCCACCUGGGUAUGUUGACAAGUGCAAUCCCACACAUGUUUGUCGUCUUCGGAAAGCCUUAUAUGGCCUCAAACAAGCCCCUCGGGCUUGGUACCAGGAACUGGCCAAUUUUCUUCUUUCCAGUGGUUUUCGGAAGUCGCAGGCAGAUAACUCGUUGUUCAUCUACUCACAUGGGUCUACACUUAUAUAUUUUUUAGUGUACGUAGAUGAUAUUGUACUUACCGGAAACUCAUCUACUGCCGUCAAUUCCUUCAUUGAGCGCCUCACUACUCGGUUUUCGGUAAAGGACUUGGGCCCUCUCCAUCAUUUUCUAGGCAUAGAGGUUAUUCCUACAUCCACAGGGCUGUUCUUAUCCCAGCAGCAAUAUAUUAUCACUAUCCUCAACACCUGUCACAUGUCUGGAGCCAAAGAGUCUGCUACGCCAAUGAGUUCAUCAUUGCUAGCUUCUACCACUUCUGAGGAGCCUAUGAGUGAUCCUUCAAUGUAUCGGCGGGUACUGGGUCUGUUACAAUAUUUAGCAUUCACUCGCCCUGACAUCUCUUUUGCUGUCAAUCGGCUCUCUCAGCACAUGCAUAAUCCCCUGGAAUCUCACUGGCAAGCGGUCAAGCGUAUUCUCCGGUAUUUAAAGGGCACACUCCACUUUGGUUUAUUUUUGCAACGUGUUCCGUCACUCUCUUUAUCCGUUUUCUCUGACUCCAACUGGGGUAAUAUUCAAGACGAGGGCAGGUCUACUACUGCAUAUGCAUUAUAUCUUGGGUCAAACAUUAUUUCCUGGAAGUCUGCUAAGCAAAAGUGCGUCUCCCGCUCAUCCACCGAAGCAGAAUAUCGGGCUGUCGCACAUGCUAGUGCAGAAUUAUUAUGGGUUCGUAAUGUCCUUAGUGAACUUGGUAUCUCUCUCCCGUCAAUCCCUACUCUUUAUUGUGAUAAUCUUGGAGCCACAUAUGUAUGUGUUAAUCCGGUUUUCCAUUCUCGCAUGAAGCACCUAGCAUUGGAUUUCUACUUUGUUCGUGAUCUCAUAGCCCAGAGACAGCUAUCAGUUAAACACAUCUCUACCAAGUUGCAGAUUGCCGAUAUUUUAACCAAACCACUAAGUCGGGGCCUCUUUGAAAAAUUUCGGUCCAAGAUGGGAGUUUCCGACGGCACCUCCAUCUUGCGGGGGCGUAUUAGAACAUAAUUGUAUUUAUCAUGUACACUUUAUUUAUCAUGUACAUUUUAUGCAUGUACGUACAUAGAGUGUCGUGUAUGUAUGUACCUCUUCUAGCCAUUCCUUUGAUUUAGCUUACGGUUAGUUGUUGCCUAGAGAAUAGCUACUAUGAGGUGUCAAUCUCAUCCUUACGUAGACUAGCUUAUAUAUACAUAGCUAUGUAACUCGUAUCAGAUUCAAGUCAAAUAUAUUAUUCUUUAGAGGAGAACUUU